CUACACUCGUGACACCUUGACGUGGGUGGUGUUUAUUGAGGCCUGUUGUAAUGGGAACAAUGGACACGGCGGAAGCGAGAGAAAUUACGCGCUGUAUGAGUGACGAGGAAGACCAACCGACGCAAUUUGCGCGAUUUCAGGCACCAAAUGGGGAUGAUACCGAGAGUUGGGCUCCUCAGUCUGUGGCCAGCGUCCUGCAGCGAGUUCAAGAAUCUCCAGGCGAUGAAGUGAGUGUGGAGCUGCUGGUGCGUCAGCUGGAGCGUAUACCCAACGAAGCACGAGCACAUCAACUCGUGCGUCUGCUGCUCGAGUCACGGGAAGAAUCGAUCCCGAAACAUGCUGUACUCGGAAUUUGGGGGAAACUUGUAACGGGGAAUACAACUAAGACGCCAGGGAAAGCUAGAGCAAAGAGUGCGACCAACAUUCCCAUUAUUCGAAGUCGAUUACUUGAGUCAAAGCGAAAGCAAGCAGAGUGCGAUCUCAAGUUACUACAAAAUCGCAUUACAUUGCUUCAGCAAGAGGAGUGCAAAGCGUGGAAGAAGAUAGCACAGACAAAAGAUCGAGCACAAGAAAUCCUUGAAAUGCGCUUAGCCACGUUACAACGGAAGGAAGAAAAGUCGAUGCACCAAAUAGAGCGCGAACGACAGUCGCGAUCUGCACAAAAGAAGCACAAUGGCCUCAAGAAGGAGUCGGUGAUUAAGAAAAAGCACGCAGCCAUUCAGAUCAUCUCGAAAAAGUAUCAAGAUGUAGAACAGGUGAAGAGCGAGAGCAAGCGCUUGAAAGCGGAACGUGAGCGACUGCAAUUGCUGCAAGUGGAAGGCGCGAGAGCCAAGCGACAGGCGAUCAGACGACAAGAAGAUGCCCUCAAAAAGAAGAAGCUGCAGGAACGUCAGCAAGUCGAUGAAGUGGCAGCACUACGACUGAUGAAGAAGGCUAUUGCUGAAGAACGACAGAUUCGAGAACAUCGCAAAAAGGUUAAGGAGAUGGAGGAAGCGGAGCGCGCGUUGAUCCAAAGACUCCAAGGCACACAACUUAUACAACGAGAGGCCUACUCCGUGCUAGAGCGAGCUCUAUUACGGACAGAUUUAAAGCGCGCGCAUUCCGUCGCUCCGUUGGGAGACAGAUGA